AUGGCGCUCAACUGGAGUUCAUUCCUGACGGACGAGGGCCUCAAUGCGCAGAACGAGCGCUGGGACUCGCCUCGAGCCGCCUCCGACCGUCAGCACCAGUCGCACCAAUCGCACCAGCAACAACUCCAGCACCACCAGCAACAACGUCAGCAAUUUCAACAGCAACAGCAACAGCAACAACAGCGCCAGCACCAGCACCAGCAGCAGCAUCACCAGCAGCUCCCGCACCAUCACCAACGCCCGCAGCAUGUCGCCCCCACCACUACCGCCCCAUCCGGUCAGGGUUCGAUAACCGCCCACGGCCUGCCCCAGGGCCCUCCCGACUUCAGUCCUUUCAUCGAAAACCCGGGCCAGGAUUCCUACUUCUCCGACGCCUUUUACAAUGGUCCGGGCGACUAUUUCUUGAGCGACUUGGAGGUGCUGGAACCGCUAGGCGCCGUCACUCUGGCUGGUGGUUCCACGUCGGACUCUUCCCCGGAACAUUCGCAAGCCGGUCCUCCGUCUCCGCAUCCGGCACUCCGCAGUCGACCCUUUGUCGAGGAUCUGACCUUCCCCCAAGGACCGCCGGCCUCAGGCUCUCGCAACACUUUGGAAACCGUCCCGGAGUUUCAGGAAACAGAUCUCACCACCAAGCGUACAAAGAACGACAGCGGCCGGACCGAUGCCGUUUCCGCUUGCUGGACGUCGCCGCUGUGCCCCAACCACAGCAAGGAGGGCACGCCACCGAACCCCUCGACCUGCGGUGGCGGCUGUGCUCCCUUCCUUUUCAGCAACGACGACCCUCUUAUGAACUCGGCCCUCGACUCGAGCCUCAUGAGCAAUAAUGCCUCCAAGGAGCCUACGCCCGAUGGUGUCGUCGAGAUCCGGUCACGCCUGAAGCGCAGCGAAUCCGAGUCCAACUCCGAAGCCCCCUCCGGUCGCGUUUUCCGCAAGAGCAUAUCCGUGGCCGAAAGCUCGAACCUCAAGCACGAGAGCAGCCCCGAAUCUAUUGAUGACGCCCCGAUACAAACCAUCGAGGACACCAAGGGCAAGCCGCGCCGCCGCCUUCCGCACAACCAGGUCGAGCGCAAGUACCGUGAAUCGCUCAACACGCAACUCGACUCGCUACGCCGUGUGGUGCCAGCAUUGCAGCAGGGCGGCCGCGGAUGCGACAGUGCCGAUAUUGAGGAUCUGCCCACGCCGAGCAAGCCCAGCAAGGCGGUCAUCCUCGCCAGCGCCACUGCUUACAUCAAGCAGAUGGAGAAGGACAAGAAGCAACUGGCCGACGAAAACCAGCUGCUCCGAACACGUAUCAAGGCGCUGCAGGCGCUGGUCAAAUGCGAGGACUGCAGCCUCAUGCAAUACGUGAUGGACCUCAAGAUCCACAACCCCACUUAA